CAUACCAGAAGUAUCGGAGCGCUUCGAGCAAGUAGUGCCAAUAGUCGAAGUUGACAAGUUGAAAAAGCCGAACAUGGCGGUUGCAACGAAUUCCUUCGAUUGCUGGCUCAGUAGCAAGCUGCAGGCUUUAAAUACUGACGAAGGUGUGUUCGGAUCGUAUAUCAAAGGAAUUUUAGAAGGUGAUGAGACGGAGGAUGAAAAGACCGAAGCCCUAGAAGGCAUACUCGCUGGCAUAACGGACGACAACAUCAGUAAUCAUGUGACAGAAAUAUUGAGCGCCUGGGCCAAAUGGCUGCCGGUUCAGGACAUCGAUGCUUCCAAAGAACCAAUGGAAGACGUGGACGUUAGAUUGGCAAAGAUGCUGGAAUCCCAGUCUUUGCCGACCACGACGCAAAAGAGUUACACGGAGGAAGAGAGGCGAAUAAGAGAGGCCAUUCUUGCACAGUACAGUCAGAUGUCGGAGGAAGAACAAAGCGACGGCGAUGGAGAAGAGAACGGCGCGAACGGAGGAGACUGUGGUAUCGAAAAGAAUACAAAUGCUGCUGCGAUAAUUCAGCAAGAGAAAGAAAAGAGGGAGAAGGCUAAGCUAGAGAGUCAGAAGAAGAAGGAGAAAGAUAAAGAAGAUCGAGAGAAACAAAAGCAAUUGAAAGAAGAGAAAAAGGAAAAGCGUAAGACACAAAAGGGAGAACGAAGGAGGUAGCAGUGGGACAACGGGACAUUAAAGUUUAUCUUGAAAUUGAAAAUAAUCAAACGCAAUCUAGCAUACGUAUACAUCUGUAUUUAUUCUUGUGCAUGUAACGAUCUCCAGCAACUAUUUAAAUUACUUUACUAAUCCACCCGUCUCGAAGAGUAUACUUUCAGAUGAAAUACCAAACAUAUAUGUGUAGCCGAGUAAUAUUAAUUACAUCUCUGUGGUAUGUAACAUUACAGCCUGUGCCUUCUGUCUGUUGAAAAUCUCUGUAAAUCGUCUACUCUCGUGUGAAAUAGUUUUCUAUCUACGCGUUUCCCGUUCUUCUCGUGACGUUAACGUUUAUCGAUCAUUGUUUCAUCUUUAAGAAGGAUAUAAUCUAAGAUUAUUUUCCUGUUCAGUUCCGUUUAAUUUUAAGCUGCAAUCAUACAAAGUUUCGUUAUGAAAAGAAAAUGAACACAAGCGAAUGAUUUGUACUUUGUAAUUACCCCGCUUAGCUUAUGUUAUCUUAACUGGAUCAUGUAUUUAAUACUGAU